AUGGGCCGACUUACGCAUGUGAAGAAGGAUGACCUUCCCCCGUACACCCCUACCCCAUCUGAAGAAGCCCUGCCCCCUGUGCGGAUACCAGCUUUCCAACUAUUACCCCGCAGAUCGCGAACACUGCGCGUUUUCGGGCUAUUGUGCCUCGCGUUCAUCGUCUACGCGCAGUGGAGGCAGCUUACCCCUAAGGCCGCGAUACCCGGGACAGGCUUCACGACUCACGGACUCUCCGUUGGAAAGUUGGAGGAGGAUCUUGCAACAUGCAGGAAGCUGCGCGACAAGCCUGUUGAUCCGCCCGGUUAUGGCAGGGCACGGAGUUCUCGGUAUGUAGAUGGCCACCGAUCUACCAUCAUCAGAAACGCGAGCGUCUGGGUUGGGGAGCCAGUCGACGGCGCUGCAAGCUAUACAUGGGUCCAGGCCGAUGUGUUCAUUGAGCAUGGCCUCAUCAAACGUGUCACCAAAGACAUCCCGAUGUUUACCCUUCCGAGCGAUGUCUUGGUCUACAACGCCGCCGGACGGCCGCUCACCAGUGGUAUCAUCGACAUGCAUAGCCAUGCCGCGGUGCACUCGUUGCCGACACUGCACGGAAACGAGGACGUCAGCGAGCUGUCCGCAGACAUCACACCUUAUGUUCGGUCAAUUGACGGUAUCCAGCCGACAGAUCAUCAGCUCCAAGUGAUCAAGUCCGGAGGCGUGACUACAUCGUUGAUACUGCCAGGGUCGAGCAACAAUAUCGGGGGCGAAGCCUACGUAAUCAAGCACGCAAUUGGUACCGCCGAUGGACGAAACGAGACGAGCGUAAUCGACAUGCUGGCCGAUCCGGACCGUUCCUGGCGUCACAUGAAGAUGGCUUGUGGUGAAAACUCCAAGCAGAUCCAUGGCAAAGCCGGCGAGCGUGGUCCUUACAGCCGCCUAGGAGAAAGCUGGGAAUUCCGCCAGGCCUUUGAGCAUGCCGCCAACAUCGUGCGUGAGCAAGACGACUGGUGCAGUACGGCAGCCACGGGCCUGGAAAACGUUCAGGGAUAUCUGUCCAACGAGCUCAAGUGGGAGGCAUUGGUCGCUGUGCUCAGGGGCCAAGUCCAUGUCCAUGCUCACUGCUACACCAUUGCCGACCUUGAGGCGUUCGUCGACCAUAGCAACGAGUUCAAAUUUCCCAUUCGUGCCUUUCAUCAUGCUCAUCAGACGCACUUGGUCCCGGAGAUUCUAAAACGGGCUUGGGGCAAUAGCCCGCCUGCAUCGGCUCUCUUCGCUGAUAACAUGUGGUACAAGGCCGAAGCCGCACUCGGCUCAGAGUAUGCGGGCAAGCAUCUGUACGAUGCAGGCCUCACCCCGAUCUACGUCAGUGAUAACCCGGUUCUCAACGCGCAACAUGUGGUAUUCGAAGCUACAAAGGCCUACAAGUACGGCUUGCCGUACCACGCGGCACUUGCAGCAGUGACAACGGCGCCAGCUGAGAGGCUGGGGCUUGGCCAACGCCUGGGUAAGGUAAAGACAGGCUUUGAUGCCGAUGUCGUGGUCUGGGACAGUGAUCCACUGAGCGUUGGGGCCACACCAGUCCAGGUAUGGAUCGAUGGAACUGCCCAAUACGAGAAACCUAUCGAGCUCAACAAGGCGUUCCAAGGCGCCAUCGUGCCGGAUGAAAGUCUUGGCAGCAUCGUCGCGGAAACAGUUAUCUCGAGAGACGACGUUGUUUUCACGGGUAUCUCUAAAAUCCUCCACGAAGCCGAGCCUGAUGGGUUCGCAAGCGACGGUAGGACAUACAAUAUAGCCAUAUCCGGCGGCAAGAUCGUUUGUGCUGGAAGCUGCACUGCCCAGCUGGAAAAAGCAUCAACUGCUGAUGGUGCAGUGAUUCCCAUCAAGAACGGGUACCUUGCGCCACCACUCACUGCCUUUGGCUCGACCAUCGGGCUCAACGCCAUCGAUACCGAGCGAGACACGGACAAUGGUGCGGACGGAGGUAGGUUUAGCCGUGGGAUUGACGGCCUCGCCCUCGAUACCGAGAAGCUUCGAGUAGCUCGGCGCUACGGAGUCACUCGUGCCAUAUCGGCCCCCAAAUUCUCCGCCCUCGGAACGCAUCACGGCACAAGCGCGGCAUUCCUCACUGGUGCACAAUCCGUUCUUGACCCUGGCUCCGUGCUUGCCCGCGACGCCGCCUUGCACUAUACGCUUGAUUCCUCUGCCAAACGCGGCAUCGACGGACUUUCGUCAAUGUCUGCUGCCGUCGGAGAGCUGCGUUACAAACUCCUCAAAGCGGUCACAUCAUCGGUUGCCGACGAGAAACUGGCUGUGGAGGACAGUCAUUCCGAGGCUGCGUUUCUUCAAAGGGUCAUCAAGGGUGACAUGGCACUCGCCGUGACAGUACAUAGCGCGGACAUAAUUGCGGCCUUGCUGAAUAUCAAGGCGGGUGUUGAAGAGGCAAUCUCGCAGAUCGCCAAUGUCGGGGUCAAGCUUCGGUUCGUAAUCAACGGAGGAGCUGAGGCUCACUUGGUGGCCGAUGCACUGGCGGCCGCUGGUGUGGGUGUUGUGCUGGCGCCGAUGCAAUCGUUUGCGAUGUCGUGGGACCAGCGAAGGGCUCUUACAGGCCCGCCUUUGACCAAUGGCACGGCGAUCGAUGUGCUCACGCGGGCAGGAGUUGUCACUGCCAUCGGUCUGGAAGAAGAUUGGAUUGUCCGGGAUCUAUCGUUACUGGCGGGCGUUGCAUACAGGAAUAGCGAAGGGCGCCUCACCGAACGGGACGCAUUAGACCUCGCUGGCAGCAACAUCCACAGGAUGCUAGGUUUGAAAGAGGGUUCCGGAGAAUCCCACUUUGUACUCUACGAAGGAAACCCGCUUGAAAUUGGUUCGAGAGUCAAGGCGGUUGGUGACGGGACGGGGAGGUUGUUGGUUAGUUGA